AUGGUGAACAAGAGAAUCACUUUCGGUCAUUGUACUUUGCAAGUGUACUUUCCAUCAGUCUACACUUUCGAUCAGCCGGAAGUAGUAGCUAUGUUCAGAACCCUAGAAUAUUCUGGGUUGAGGAAGUAUCUCGGUGGUCCAUUCAUUUUCUAUGAAAAAGAAGUUCGCGAGUUCUUCAAAUCUGCAACUAUGGUGGGUAAAUCCAUCGUAGAAACCGUCAAUGGCGUGGAAAUAUCUUUCGAUGAAACACUAUAUGCGGAGUUCUUUGAACUUCCAACGGAAGGGCACCCGUUCGACUUGAUUCUUUCAUCAGAAGUCAUGCAAGAGAUGAAGAAGACAUUUUCUGCCGAUGGUUCAAUGAUCCAUGUAAAUGGAAAUAAGAAGGUCCUUAAACCUCAUUUCAUUCUGCUGAACAACGUGGUAGCAAAAGCGCUCCAAGGGAAAUCUGGCUCCUUCCAUCUCUAUAGUUAUGACCGUUUCGACUUUAUGUGCGCCAUCUCAAAGGGAAUCCAGGUAAACUGGGCAUCCACCCUUUUCCAGAACCUUUGCUUUUCGAUCUGUCAGGCAAACAAGGAAAGCAUAACAUGUUCAAUUGAGAGAGAUAUCAUGGAAUUAUUGAAAGUGUUUUUCUAUUUCCUACUCCCUUUGAUUCUUCUCCAACUCCUCGUCCAAGUCCGGCGAAGCCGCCGUUUCCCACCAGGCCCCAUCUCAUUGCCGAUCAUCGGAAAUCUCCUCAGUCUAGGCGAUAAACCUCACCGGUCCUUGACUAGGUUGGCCCAAACAUAUGGCCCAAUUAUGUCAUUAAAAUUAGGUCAAUUGACUACCAUAGUAAUUUCAUCUCCAUCCAUGGCUCAAGAAGUCCUACAAAAACAAGACAUUUCCUUUUCCAAUAGGUUCAUUCCGGACGCUAUUCGUGCAUGCGAUGAAUACAAGCUCUCUAUUAUUUGGUUGCCAACAAACGAUCGAUGGCGGAGCCUACGGAAGCUCGCACACACCCACGUAUUCUCCGGCCGAGUUCUUGAUUCCAAUCAACAUGUCCGCCGGAGGAAGGUGGAAGAGCUUAUGACCCACGUUCGAAAAUGCUCCCACGAAGGCGUGGCAGUUAAUAUUGGCAAGGAGACCUUUCAGACAUCGCUCAAUGUGCUUUCCAACAUUCUUUUCUCGGUUGACUUGGCCAAUUUCGAAAGCAACGAGGCCCAAGUCUUCAAGGACUUGGUUUGGAACAUUACGUUAGAGUCCGGGAAACCCAACUUAGUUGACUAUUUUCCAGCACUGCGCGCCAUCGAUCCGCAAAGAAUUCGCAAACGUAUGUCAUUAUAUUUUUCGAAGUUGUUGAGUUUGUUCGGUGAAAUUAUUGAUAAGAAGAUGGAAGCGAUGAAAGCCUGCUUGUCGAGGGAUAUUUCUGAAGGCGAUGUGAUCGACAUGCUUAUUAAAAUUUCUCAAGAUAACCCGAAAGACUUAGACAUACAACACAUAAAACACAUGUGUUUGGAUUUUUUUGUUGCUGGAACAGAAACAACCUCGAACACGUUAGAGUGGGCAAUGACGGAAUUAUUGCGACACCCGGAGUCGAUGGAGAAAGCAAAAAUUGAACUUAAGCGAGUUGUUGGUGUUGGGAAGCAAGUGGAAGAAUCAGAUAUUUCUGUAUUGCCAUUUUUGCAAGCUGUUAUAAAGGAAACUUUAAGAAUUCACCCACCAGUCCCAUAUUUUGUCCGCCAAGUUUGUACAGAAGUUGAUUUGCGUGGCUAUAUCGUCCCAAAGGGAGCGAACGUGUUGGUGAAUGUGUGGGCGAUAGGUCGAGACCGUGAUCACUGGGAAAAUCCCAUGGAAUUUAAACCGGAGAGGUUUCUUGAUUCCAAGAUUGAUGUUCGAGGUCAUGACUUUGAAUUGAUUCCUUUUGGAAGUGGACGGAGGGUUUGUGUCGGAUUAUCACUAGCGAUGAGAAUCCUUCCGACGGUGUUGGGCUCGUUGAUUAAUUUGUUUGAUUGGAAGAUUGAGGGCAAGGUUAAUCCGGAGAAUCUGGACAUUGAAGAAAAAUUUGGCUUCACUUUGCAAAGGGCUAACCCACUCCUAGCAGUUCCCAUUCCUAUAUAAAAAUAUUGGACUUUUUUAGGUUUUAGAUGUGAAAUAAAUGGGUUU